GAGACUAAAAUGUCGAUCUACAGUGUCAUGUCGAAUAAAGUUACCGAAAGAUCCAGAUUCUCGACUUGAGCUUUCUGUUGGAUUUCCAUAACACUACAUGUAUAAAAAUUUAAGUACUGCUUCAAAGAUGUUCUCCAUUUGUCAAGCAAAGAAAAAAGAUUCUUCUUGGUCGUGGGUUGUGUGUUUAUUAGGGACUCUUUGUACAGCUCUACAUUUUGGAUUUAGUCAAAGUUUUGGCAUCUUUCUUCCGAUCCUGUCAGACUACUUCAGUGAAAACAGGGAAAAAACUGCAUGGGCUGGAUCCAUUGCCAUCGCAUUCACACUUUUUGCUGGACCAAUAGCAUCAAAGUUAACUCACAGAUUUGGUCAUCGACCAGUUUGUAUUGUGGCAAGUCUCUGUUGUGCUGUCUCGUUGUUAUCAAGCUCAUUUGUUCAUGACUUGAAAAUCCUGUAUGUUUUAUAUGGAGUAGUAUAUGGACUAGCUAGCGGNACAAUGCUCAAUGCUACCUACACAAUAACCUACUCAUAUCAUAAUAAAAGACAAUCACUAGCUUCAGGAAUUGCUGCCUCUGGCUCUUCUGUUGGAGUUGUGAUUUUAGGUCCCAUCUUGGAAAUACUUGUAGAAGCUCUGCAUUGGAGAGGGGCCUUUCGAGUGAUGUCAGGAGUUCUGUUAUUGAUGUGUCUUUUAUCCUUUACCUUCAUUCCUGUUCAUACUGAGAGUAAUGGAACAAGUGAAGAACCACAGGGACAAGAACAGUCUCCAAAAGGGAAAUGCUCGGUCAUCAUUACUUAUUUGUCUGURUUUAAAAGUAUUCCAUACUGCRUAGGAACUCUGUCUAUUGUAAUUGGGUUCUUUGGAUUGUUUGUACCAAGCAUUCACUUGGUCAAGUUUGCCAAUGACCUCAAUAUUUCAAGUAAAGAUGCAUCUUACUUGUUCACUGCUAUUGGUGUGUGUUCAACUGUAGCACGUGUUCUCUUUGGUAUCACAAUUGAUCGUAAGUGGGUCACUCCUCUUCAAGGUGUCCAGCUAUCUACUUUGUUAAUUGGCRUUUCGUUCAUGGUGUCUACUUUAUCCAAGAUAUACCUGCAUCUGUUUUUGUUUUCRUGUGCAUAUGGUCUUGCCAGUGGAGUGUUUGUCACRUCUUUGGUGUUAUUCUUUCUUUCAAUCCUUGAGCCAAGUAUGAGUUCAGUUGGUCUUGGGAUGGGUUAUUUUGUCUCUUCUAUUAGUGUCUGUGGAGGGGCACCGCUUGUUGGAUAUAUUGCUGACCAAACUGGCUCCUAUAUCCUAUCUUUCUAUAUUGUUGGUGGAAUUCUUUUGUUUGCUGCAUUUUUCCCUUUUGUUCUGAAGCUGAACAUGUUCUGGAGAUUUCCACGGGAGCACAAUACAAGACUGUAAAGAAGAACACUUGUACGGCUUGAAAGAUCGACAUUGAUAACUUCAGGUAAUUUGACAUUUUUURCCAAGACAAAACGGUGCAAAMACUGGUGGUGAUUUGAUCGACAGUUAUUAUCCAGACUCCAUUAUGACACUAGRGUGUACAAUUAUACCAAUGGACUUUUCUAACMUUGGCAUAUUUCAUUGAAAUCAAAACACUGAGUGGCAUGGCCUUCUUUCCCUUCAUCAAGUACUGUGAUUUCCAAUGAGAUGCAUCAUGGGAUUGACRAAAGAACUAUUUGAAGUCAUUUCGUCUUGUGCUUGUGUCGAGCAACAAGCAUUAUAACUUGUAACUUUAAUUUUAAAGCGAAACUUUGUCCUCYCUUAAUUAGAAAUAAAAGGACGCCAUCUUGACGUCUGUCGGCAAAGUAAAUGCACCUGACAC